UUCACAAACCCUCACCUUUCAUCCGCAAUAUCCCAAUUGACACAAAGUCUCAAACUCACCCAAGCCUCUCACAGACCCCCCAAGAUCCGAUCAACCCCCAAAAAAUGAGCGACCACAACCCCCCGGUCCCGCCGGAGGGGAGCGACCACCAACACCAACAAUCCCCGCCCAACCGCCUCAGCCCGCCGCGCCUCCUGCGCCUGCCCGGCGGCACGACCACGAAACAAUACCUCGAGCACGCCUUCAAGCCCUUGCGGGUAGACGAGAGCCUCAUCCGCAACCCGAACCCGUUCACGCUGUACCUCGGCCUGUGGGGACGGGCCAACUACGUCGCCAAGACGGAGAUGAACACCUACCGACGGCUCGAGAACAUCCGACGGCACACGGGGCGGUCGCCGACGCAGCCGGAGCUGGACGCCCUGCUGGAGAUGAUGGCGCAGAGCGCGCGGCGCAGCAGCCUGGGGGUACCCGUGGGCGCGCUCGCCGGGCUGGCGCACCAGGCCUACGCGCUGCGCUACUCGGCCGACUGGGAGACCUACUUCGCGCCGCAGGCCACGGCGAACUCCGCCGGGAAGCGGGUCCUGACGUGGGAGGGGUUCCGGCGCGGCUGGCAGAUGAUGGGCGACGCCGGCGCCAUGGGCGGUGGGCGGCCGAUGGCCGCCGCGCGGCUGUUCAAGGUCGCCGUCUGGACCCUCGUCGCUGAUUUCUGGGCCUCCUCGUGGGCGACCCUCGGCGAGGUCGCCAUGUGGCGCGAUGAUCCCCGCUUCGAGACGGUCCGCCACGACAUGGAGCGCUCGCGCGCCGCCGUGCACUUGGGCGGCGCGGCGCCCGCCACCGAUAUGUCUGACCAGGCCCGCAGGCGGCGCGAGGCGGCCGCCGCUUUUGCGACGGUUGCCGUCGGCCCGGUGAGCGAGCCGGGAGGUGCUGCGGGUUAUGGUGCUGGUGCUGGUGAUGAUGGGUCGCCCGUGGCCCACGGGAUGGAUGAUUACGCGUUUAGUAGCGGUGAUGGUGGUGGUAGUGGCGGUGGUGAUGAGUACGGUUCUACGACGAACUCCUAUAGUGAAGUUACGCCUCGCUCUACGACGUGGACUUCGAGGCGGCAGCACCAGCACCAGCAUCAGCAGACGCCCUCCUCCUCCUCCUCCUCCGGGGGUGGCGACUUCUUCGACGACGACGACCACGACCACGACGAUGCCAGUCCUGUCGCGGCGGAGCAUCGCAGACCCACGGGCGGAAGUGCGUGGGCCCGCCUGCGCAUGAACGCCGUGCGACCGCAGUCCAGGCCGCAGCAGGCUGACUGGUCUCGGGCCGAGCAUGAGAGCGAGAGCGAGAGCCACAGUGAGCGCGAGAAGGCUCAGGCGGACUUCGACCGCAUGCUCGAGGCUGAACGGCACGCUGGGUCGGAUUCGGGGAGGAGAAGUGGUGAAUGGAGCAGAUGGUAGUGUGAGAGGCCUGUGCUCCGAGAUCAUGAUUGUCUUCAAGCGCUGUUUAUCCUUACGAGUCCUGGCUACCGUCCCAGGUACAUGUGUCACUGAGAUUUCUUCUGUAUGUAUACAACCGGAUCAUUGCAUCUCUUCUCAAGAUGUCCCACACUCUCUCCAAUUGCGUCCUCUUUCAGAAAGAAGCGACUACAAUCACACAGCAAUGUAAGCCGCAGAGAGAGACUCCGUCAAUUGAAUUUCUGAAAAGGACUUUUCGGGAAUACGGAAUAGUGAUCAAGACAUGUAGAGGAAAGGAAAAAGGAUAAGAGCGAUAAAAUUGAGUAAAUUAGGUUACAUCGCUUCGGUCAUUCAUCUUGGUUAUCAAAGGCAACGAUACAUCAGAAAUUAUACAUUCCCAG